GACAACUCACACGGCUCAGCCGUCACUGCCUUGGAAUCUCCCACUGCCAGUCACUACAAACCCCCAUCCCUCCCACUUCUUUGCAACAUGCCCCUCUAUUUCUCCCAAGACGACAGAAGUCGUAAAAGUGGCGAGGCGUUGACUCCUUCCAACAUGGUGUCCGAGACUUGCUCGAUGCAGAACCAGUACACCGACGGAACUCAGAUUCACGAUACGAGCGAACACCACUCCAAAUGGCCAAAAACAUGGCGGGCAUACGCUUGCUGGCUAGGCUGCUUUUUCCUAAUGUUCAAUUCUUGGGGCCUGGUAAACGCGUACGGAACCUUUUCUUCGUACUACGUUGGCCAUUCCCUCAAGUCUGUAGAUCAACUCCAACUCAACCUCAUCGGUUCAACCCAGUCGCUGUUCGUCUUAUUGUUAUCAGCUCCCGUCGGACGUCUCCUAGAUGCCGGCCACUUUCGUUACGUCCUGGGAACCGGCGCCUUCCUUGUCCCGUUUGGCAUGUUUAUGCUCAGUGUUGCUCAUCCGAACAGCGAAAGUGGAACUGCCAACUUCAUCACUAUUUGGUCGACCCAAGGCCUUGUUGUUGGCCUUGGUAUGGCUUGCUAUUUCGUAUCAAGCUCUCAAAUCGCGGCCACUUGGUUUCCUGACCACAGAGCUCUCGCAGUCGGGGUCGUCGCUUGCGGCGCCAGCAUUGCUGGAGUCGUGUACCCUACUAUGCUGCGAUAUCUCAUCGAUGCCCUGGGUUUCAAUGAGGCCGUUCGUUGCGUCGCCGCUCUUGUUACCAUCACCUCGAUCUAUUCGUUCAUCUUCGCGACCCCAAACCCUGCCAAAGAAAAGCGCUCUCCAAAGAGCUAUCUCGCCCUCGAAACAUGGAUCGAUCCCGAAGCCCUCCGAAACAGGUCGUUCUGCUGGUUUACUGUAGCCGUUGCUUUCCUCUUUUUCGGCUUCUACCCCGUCUUCUUUAAUCUCGAAGAGUGGGCAGCAGUCUCUGGCUUCGGCACGCGCGGCGGCUCAACUCUUCCCGUCCACAUAAAAAGCCAAACUUCUCAGCCCCUCCAAACAUUCUGGCUGCUUACAAUCAUGAACGGCGCCUCCACUCUCGGCCGCCUCACCAUGUCAGCGUUCGGGGACAAAACUGGACCCCUCAACAUGCACUACGUCGCCACAGCCAUCUCCUCCCUCCUCAUUCUCAUCCUCUGGACACUAUCCAAAUCCCUCGCGAGCGCCAUCGCCUUUUGCGUCCUCUUCGGUGCCUUUUCCGGCGCCGUCAUCGGCUUACCACCAGCCUCCAUCUCCAACAUCCUCAAACACAGCUAUACCACCCUUGAAACAAUGGAGUACAAGACAUCCAAGCUGGGCCAGUGGACAGGCAUGAUGUACACCGCCGCCGCCAUCCCUUCCCUCGCUGGGCCCAUCAUCGCAGGCCAUCUCGUAUCUACAUACAGCACGUACAUUACCGUGCAGAUGUGGGCGGGUGCCAAUCUCGCCAUCUCGGCGAUUUGCAUGUUCGUCGCGCAGAUGUACCUCCCCUCGCUUCCGGCAGACUACAAGCAGAUCGAGGCUGCGGCGAAGCGCGAGGCAACUCGCAUUAGCCAGUUGAGACUCGUGGAUAGUACCCUAUCUAUGGCGCAAAGUGGGACGGUGGAUACGCGGAAUACUCUGUCCAGACAGGUCUCCAAGGAGAAGAUUGAGGAGGAGGAACGUGGCGCGUUUGCGCCUGGGAGGGCCGUUUGA